UUUUUAGAAACUCCAAAAUACGUUCCUCUGUUUAUGGACGGUAUGUUAAAUCAAGCCAUCACGGCCGGCCUUCAGCAUCCUCACCCGCUGCUCCGCGCCAAGAGCGAGAACAUGAUGACGACGCUCAUGGACCCCGUAGUGCUGCCCGCCGCUGCCGCCAGCAUGCCACCUGCUCAGACUCAGCGCCGGGCCUCUUUCGCUUUGAGGAGCUCCAGCAGUCCCCACGGAGCCCGAACCCGAUCCCCGUCCCGAGGGAGAGAGGGAGGAGAGACGGAGGAAAGGCAGCAAAAACAGCGAGGGAGGCAGGGAGGAGGUCAGAGGAAACGUCUCUACAGCGCUGUUCCGGGUCGCGUGUUUGUGGCGACUCGUUCUCACUCUGCUCACGGUGAGCGCGAGAUCAGCCUCAGCAAAGGGGACAAGGUCAAAGUGUUGAGUGUAGGUGAAGGGGGAUUCUGGGAAGGAACAGCGAAGGGCAGAACAGGCUGGUUUCCUGCUGACUGUGUAGAAGAGGUGCUGCCCCAAAACCAGGAGCAGCAAACAGAGAGCCGCAGUGAGAAGGCGAAGAGGAAGCUGUUUCGUCAUUACACAGUAGGAACGUACGAGGGUCUUGAAGUGCCCAGUGACUACAUCAUAAAAGAGAAAACUGUACUUCUGCAGAAAAAAGACAAUGAAGGCUUCGGUUUUGUACUGCGAGGGGCCAAAGCCCAGACUCCUGUGGAGGAGUUCAGCCCGUCACCAGCCUUCCCUGCUCUGCAGUACCUCGAGUCUGUCGACGAGGGGGGCGUCGCGUGGAGGUCCGGCCUGCGGAUGGGGGACUUCCUGAUCGAGGUGAAUGGAAUCAAUGUGGUGAAGGUGGGUCACAGGCAGGUGGUGAACAUGAUUCGCCAGGGCGGGAACAGUCUGAUGGUGAAGGUCGUCAUGGUAGCGCGGAAUCCUGAGAUGGAGGAAAUGCCUAAGAAGAAAGUUCCCCAGCAGAGCAAGCGGCUGACCCCUCCGGCUAUAGCGCUGCGCUCCAAAUCCAUGACUUCAGAACUGGAGGAGAUGGUGGAGAAAGCUGCCUCACCAUGGAAAACGAAACCAGAUCACACAGAGAGCUCUCAAGCGCCAGAAAAGAAGAAGAGCGUCUAUCAAAUGGCCCUUAACAAGCUGGACGAGAUUCUAGCCGCUGCUCAGCAGACAAUUAGCACAUCAGACUCUCAGGGUCACAGAGGUCACGGGGGCAAGAAGGAGCGAAACAAGGGCUUUAACGCUAACGAGCAAACUCUCGAACAAUCAGGUGUUGGCAUGAUGUCUUCAGGGUCUGGGUAUGGUUUUAACCAAGCCCAGUUUUCAUCAGGCCAUUCAACUCAGCGUGCUAUGUUGAUGCGUCAGAAAUCCAUGGGAGUGACCGAGGAGGAGAGGGUACAUCUCCAUCCUCCUACUAUGAAGCUGUCUCGUAGUCUUUCUGUGCCUGGACCAGAGGACAUCCCCCCUCCACCUGACACCUCAGCGCCUGAGCCGCCCCUGUCUGCCGGCGGCCACACAGACAGGAGAGCGGCACCCACACAUUUUUUUGCUGUCCCUCCUCUGCCUCCAUCGCACCACCUGCCUCAUAGCCAGACACAGCACAGGGUCCCGCCCAACCGCAGGGCUGAAACUGAUACCAGCAAGAUGGGAGGAGCAAGAAUGGGCGGCCUGAGGCGUGGCUAUAGCAAUGCCACGCCUCCCUCUGAUGUGGGCCCCAAACAGUCCACCGCACAACGGAACCAAGCGCCAGCAGUGGCCAAGAUUGCAGGUCGGCAAGGUGGGAAGGGGCUAUUGGUGAAGCAGCGCAAGGUGGAGGAGACCGGCCGAGAAAAGUUGGAAAAAAGUUCCAUUUCGAUCCCAACGAUUAUUGUGAAAGCGCCAUCUACCAGCAGCUCUGGGCACAGCAGCCAGGCGAGCAGUGAGGAUACAGAACCGUCUCCUCAGAAUAAUGAAGAGCAGGAAGAGGCAAAGCCUCAAAACCCAGUCGUGGCACCUACGCCUGCUCCACCUCAACCACCUAGUAUCCCGUCAAAACUGGAAACACUGAGCAAGAGCACAGCACAGCGGGAACGCGAACGCUACCAUGACUCCCAUCGGAGAAGCACCUCCUUCUACUACUCCUCUGAGGAGGACAUGUUGGAUGAGCAGGAAUCUGCUCAGACUUCAUUGGAGGCCAACACCUCCGCUCGAUUGCGCCCUUCUAAGUCUAUCGAUGAGGGAUUGAUCUCCGGCGAUGCCUUAAGCAUGCCGCCUGCGUUUGGGUUGCCACAGUAUGCAUCAGCUACACCUCAUCAAGCCACUACUUUCAUCCACCCAUUGACGGGGAAGGUUCUAGACCCAACAAGCCCACUUGGGCUGGCGCUGGCGGCUCGUGAGCGAGCACUGAAAGACGACCGGCGAACACGUAGAGAGGAACGCCACUUCGGUCGGCAGCUGUCUAGCACCGGAGCGUUUCCUUCUGCUGUCUCCUCUCCAAACCAAAAACCUGUUCCUCCCUUCUACAUCUACCAAUCACACACCUCUCUAUACCUUAGUGGUGCCUCUCCAACAACAAGUGGGCCAGUCCCACAGAGUCGCCCCCAGUCCCCUCGGAUGCUUCAAUUAAGUGGUGGUGGGACAGGGAGCUUGGAAUGGAGUGAACAGAAUAUUGUGGAUCGAGAGGAAAGAGGGGCACCAAAGGUGCGGUUUACAGAUAAUCAAGCCAGUCAGUACCAGUCUCACUUUCAGGACAGAGACAACAGAGUCAAUCAGUACCACACUUACAUGCGGGACCGAGAAAGGGAAGGGCACAAGAGGAUACCGCCCAAGCCUCCUCCCCGCAGGCCUUCCUUUAUAGGCAAGGAGAGUGAACUCGGCAUGGCUGACAAAAAUCCCACUGGUAAUUCCCAGGAUGACAGAGGAGGACAGAAGAUGGGAGAGACUGGGAUGGAAAAGGAGAAGGAUGCAAAGAGAGGGCAAAAUCUAGGGGUUGGAGAGGGUGGCGAUGUGAUGGUGCUUCCACCUCCUGCUCCAUCUGUGGAUGUGGACGACGAGUUCGUGUUUGCAGAGCCCCUACCUCCCCCUAUACAGUUUGCAAACGGAAUAGAAAUAGACACCCAUGGAACAACAGAAUAUAAUCAACAACAACAACAGAAGGAGCUGUCAAGAUCUCAGCCACCCAAGGAGCAACAGUCUCUGCAAACGCUGUCCAAACCCCCGCAAGACGCCAUGUCCCUACCAGACAACAUGCAAGCUGACUCACAGCAGACACCCAUCCAUCCUUCUGCUGUGGUGCAUCCAUUUUUUUUCCCACCAUCUCCUCUAAUCCCCCCUCCACAGCUGUGUCCCAAAAUACCUCCUGCAAACCCACCCCAGUUGCAACCCUCAAGCUAUUCCCAGCACCCAAACACCAGCCAACCCCAACCUUUACCCUCGCCACAAGCGGGAGACUCUGCCGCUUCUAGUCUUACAUCUUACGACAGUGAGGUGGCCAAUCUGACCCAGUCAGCUCUCUCCCCGUCCCUUCCUUCUCCUCAGAUAUUCCCUUCAUCGAGUUCCCCUUCUGCCCCAAACGCCUCAUCUGACCCUAUGUCAUUGCAUCGGCCUUUCCCACUUUUCUACCCACAGCAAGGCCAUGCUAACAUUUCUAUGUCAUAUUCCACUGUGGCCGCAACUGCGGCUGUAAUGACUGUCACCACAACAAUGCCUUUGGAAAAUACAUCAGUUAUCGCAGGUGACCGACUUCCUCCGGCACUUAAGGGCCGUGAUUGGUCGGAGGCUGUGGUCGAUUCUGGGAUUGAGGAACUGGAUAGUCACAGCUGCAGUGAUCACCACAUGGAAAAUUUUGGAGAAAGAAGAGAACAAGAAGGAGGCAGAGAGAAGGAGAGGGGAGGAAGACGGGGAGAAAGCAUGGAGAGUGGGAUAGUAGGGGAUGGAUUCAAAGGGGACCGAAGAGUGUCCCUGGAUUCGUCUCUUUCUCACCCUGAUAAAUUUGCUCAAAAAACACACAAAGAGCACGUGCAUAAAUCCAAACCUCCAAACCCGCCACUUGCAAAAACGCACACUCAGAAUAUGUCAAAAUAUCACAUGCACACAGAAAAUGGACGAACCGGACCACCACUACAGCGGCAGGCUAGCACUGCUCCCAACAUGUACAGGUCAAGGGAAGAGGAAGAGCAGGAACAGGGAAGAGGAGGCGAUGCUGCAGUGAAGAUGCCAUUUAUGGAUCGACGUCUGAACUCUCCUCUCUCCAACGUUAAGGCCAGCAUUAUAAAUGAACUCGGCAGUAAACUACAACAGCUUGGUGGCUGGCAGGGUCAGGCACCACCGUCAAAUCAUAGGUUUCCAGGUGAUCCCUCCGGCUGUGCACCUCUCCUCCCUGCUUCUGUGUCGUCUCUCCAGCGCUCCUUCUCUCCAAACCUUCCCCCUAACUCUUUAACACCUAACUGCCAUUCUGUGGCUCUGAACCCUAACCCCGUACCUUCGUCUCCUCUUCCUGUAACGUCUCUAACCCCAGCGUUAACCCCGACUCCAUUACCUCUCACCCCGAUCCCAGCUCCACCUCCUCUCAAAGACUGGACGCCGUCUAAUUCUCCUAUUUCUUUUCCUCAUGGGAUUUUGUCCCCUCCGUCGCUGCCCCAUGCCCCCCUCUCUCCUCUUUCCCUGGCUCAUGCACCCCUCUCUCCUCCAUCAUUACCUCAUCUUCCCAUUUCCCCGAUAUCUCUCUCUCACGCACCUCUGUCUCCUUCCUCUGUCUCUCAUCUGCCGCUUUCUCCAUCCUAUUACCCCUAUCCCUUGUCUCCGAAGCAUCGCUCUAAGUAUCGUGGUAAAGCUUCCGAGUUUCAGUUCUCCGGACCAGAGCUACGCCAUUCUGAAUCUCAUUCGUACUCCCAGCGUCGUCGAGCUCCCAGUCCCCUCAUCUCCUGCUCGGACCACCCACAACCCGGACCUCCGCGUCCAUCCUCGCUCCCUCUCUUUCCGUCUGCGCCACUCUAUGGCUCUCCAUACGAAAUACAGCCUUCUUUAACCCCCCCGUUGGGAGUCGCCCAUCAAUAUUCAGAUAAUUUUUUCCCGCAUACUUCUCCUCUUUUUCCGCUCCCAUCACCUGUGGCUCCUCCUAUCACCGCGCUGGUCUCCAGCUCUCUCUCUCCUACCAACUUCCUGUCUGGAGGCUCCUCCCCAUCUUGUAUGGGCUACCCGCCCUUAACUCCUCCUCCACCCAAUCAGCCUUUUGUGUCUAAGCCCCUCCCCUACUGGAGCAAAUAUGAUGUUGCUGAUUGGCUGACUUACCUGAAUCUGGCAGAGCACCGGGAGCGCUUUCUCGACAAUGAGAUUGAUGGCUCCCACUUGCCGUCUCUGACAAAAGAGGACUUCCUGGAUCUGGGCGUGAGUCGGGUCGGACAUCGCAUGAACAUUGAGCGUGCGCUUAAGAGACUUACAGACAGGCUCUCCUCUGCUUUCUCUGUCUCCACUGUUUCUUCUGAAGGGCAGAACGAACGCAUGAGAGAUGAGGCGACUCAGAGCUAGAGGAGAGAAUUAGAGAGAACCAGUUAGAGGAUAGAAAGAAAGAAAGAUUGGGGUUAGACAAAAAGCACUUGGGAUGAAAGGGAAAGACUUCCACUGAAGGACAGAGGUGGGGAUGAUUGCAAUGGAGAAGCGCUGUGAAAUACUCGAACACUCUUGCAGAGUGAAAGC